UCUGUCCUGACCACAAACUGCGUACUUUGUACCCACCAGCGUCCACGCACGCAACGAGCUCUUCUGACUUCUCAACUUCUCACAGAGUCGCCGACGACAAGGGUCCCGGGUUACCCUUCUGGGUAUGAGUGAGCCGCCCGCAGAGAGGGAAUUAGACAGGCUUCCCCCGUCCAUCGCAGGCCUGCAAUCCUCCCCACUGUGAGGUACGAGGUACAGUUACUGAAGCCUGGUUUCUUUGAUGCCAUAAUCCCCGUGACUACAAGAAGGCAGCGGCGAUAUAAACCUCGGACCCCGAUCUAGAAUCUCGAUCUGAAAAGAAAGGCAAUUUUUUUCUUCGCUAGCGAACCCGUUUUUUUAACCACGUCAAUAAGUCGGUGAAGAAUGUAAGAAAAAAAAAAAAGAAGAAAAAAAAAAAAACCGACCAGCGGCUACACAAGAAACGAAGACGGGGGGGACGGAGAAAAAAAAAAGAUAUUGCGCAAGAAGACAUUUUCUACAGGAAUUCCAUACCACAUUAGCUCGGGAUACGAAAAAAGACACGGCUGCAUACACAUUACACACAGACUACAAAGAACGACAUUUUAUUCUCCGGUCUCACACGCAAGAGCCAACCCGCCAGUCCUCAUACAGAAGCAGCGGCUAUCCAGCAAGAGGCCAGAGAGCUCAUUCCUAGCUUUGCUGCCCUUGCUUCCCACCGCUUCGUUCGGACACAAGCAGAUCAAGACCCUCACGCCAUACCCUUCUUAGCCACGAGAGGGUUCAUCAGGGUGUCUGGUCUCCGGUCGUCGUUACUCCUCGGUACACCUGUAACCACACACAAUUACAAGCUACAGAGCACCCAUACCCGUACGGUUUGGGUGGCAUUCUCGCUGCUGUCAUCGGCAGAGUUGAGACGACGGACGAGUCGGCGGCGCUUGAUCCAUCUCAUAAGCUGGAGGUCCGUCCGCACCACAACAUCUCCGCUUUCGGCGAGCCCACGGCCCUGCCUGUCCUUGCGUCAAUCCGAGGUACCUUGCGUCUUUGCGGCUUGUCUGGGUACCGGGUUGAAAAAUUUACAGAGGGUACGGAUAGACAAGGGGAGAGAGUAAAAAAAAGAAUAUCCAUACAUCAACUUGCAAGGGAGUGACAAGUAAGGACGGCAACGGAAAGAGUCACACUCGAUCGGGCUCCAUUCAUUCAACAAGAGAAGAGCCAUUGAACACUAUUCGAAGAGUCAAACCAACCGUCUGCGGGACUACAUAUAUUUAUUUCUCGGCUCCAAUUCUGUCCCGGUUCCAGGAGCCUCAUCUGUCGCCAAUUGCUCUCUGUCUUUCUUCGCCUUGACAUUUCCUCGGCAAUCUCGUCUUUGACUGAGUGAUCACUACGUCAGUCUGGCUCUAUUUCGUCUCAAUCCACUUGAGGAUCCGUCGUCCCUUCUAUCGAGCAACACACCUGCUGCUCGGCUUUCGCCUUGCUGAUACACAAAUCGCAUCUCUCUUUCGCAAAUUCCCACCCCCGAACGGAAGACGGACAACGGGCCAAUUUGGAGCUAGCCAGCCCUGGUCCCCGCACUCGCUCUCGACUCUGGCGUCAUCGUGCUUCCUAGGAGCUGUUUAAUUAAUUCCUCGAGAGAUCGAGGCCGCAGCAAACAUUUUGCUGCACCUAGCAGAGUACCUCCUAGUUCCGACUGUACCUAGACUUGACCUGCAGACCCCGGUUAUCCCUGGAGCGAGAAACAAACCCACGCUGGUGCAAGUCAACCCCGGUCUCUCACUCUCCUUCACUCUAAGCCUGGAGACUCAACCCGCGCACACCUCUCUGUCACUGAGUCUGAGUCUCUCACACCACCCACCUCGCCGGGUCUCACCAAAAGAUACCUACCUAGCACGGUAAUAGCAACCGUCAGCGCAGGUACUCUUCUCAGUCUCUCCUCAGCCGAGCUAGCCCUCUCAAAAAAACACAUCCGGCCAAUCCUUCCUGCAAGCUUGCAACACCACAUCAGGCCUGCUUGGACUUGCGGCACGCCUCUUUUAUUCCCUUGACCUCCCAUCCCAUGUUGUCCUAUCCCGUCCUGCCUCGGACACACCUCUCAUCUUUCUCAGUGUCUCUCAAUCCCAGACUUGUCUCUUGCAUUAAAAACUUCCGACUGGCCUGAUAGGAGGAACACGGGCUCUCUAUUCAAGUUUUCAUCUGGAGCAUUGUAUCAGUCACGGUCACGGCGACGGUCACGGCCACAAACCCGCACCACAAUCCAUCAGCCAUCAGCCAUCCAUCGCCCACGGGCAAUCCAUCACUUAUCAGCUCUCGGCCAAAUAUACAUACAUAUCCACUCCCACACCCCCCAGCCAAACCCGCCGCUAUCUUUCAAUCCAUCACCAAGACGCCUUAGCUACUAGAAAUAAGGCGUACCACAUCAGGCGUCCCCUGCACGCUGCGAUAGCUCGAGACCCUUCUUAAUCCUCCCAGCACCCGCUCUGACCUGCGGGGGAAGACCAACGACCGGAGAAGAAGAAAAAAUCUCUUCAGCGGGCGGACAAGACACACGGAGUCACAGCCGACGACCACCACUCUAACCUACCUUACCACCACUACUUUACCUGUUCGUUCACUCAGCCCAGGGCUUCGAAUUUGCCACUCGGAACGCGUGAAAGCAGGGACCAAUUUCCUGCAUUCCCAUACAAGGCCACCAACAGGCAGUCUAGAUUCACAUCUCACCGAUUGUUGCGAAAAAUUUUCACUGUUGCAGAAGAAAAGGGUUCGGAAAUCUUCUUCCCUCGUCCGACGCUGCUUCACCCAUCGCCUCUGCCAAACCCGACGGCCGAGACAGGACGGACGUUCGCAACUGCAGUGGCACUACACGCUGUUGUUCGUCAAUCAUCGCUCCUUGGGGGAAUAGAACGGCGCUACCCCUCCACCAAACCCGCCCAUUCCCCGCUUAUCUUGUCCCGCCGUCCAUCCGCCGAUACAGGCACCACAACACAGCCAACUGAGACUGAGGACUCGGAAACUAACUGUGAGCGUGAGCUGCGAGAGUCUGAGCGAUAGACUACAAGAAGAACCCCUGCCAACCUCGUCGCAUCGUUGGCUUGUUGUUUUCUUCUCUCGAUCUUCCCCUUCCCCAGAUCCCUUUCUCUCAGUCGUACAUACAUACGCCAAGAGAAAGAUUUCACAAUGCAUCACAGCCGCAGAAAGUCGGGCAACACCUCCAUGACGGAGAAGACUGUCACAGCUACCGAUCCCUCCCGCUACGGCAAGCGUCCUUCGACUCUCACCAGACGCCAAACCCCCCAGAAGUUGGGCAAGAACCCCAGAGACCGGGAACGGGAACGGGAACAGCAAGACUCGUGGGACGAUGAACGGGAGAGUUUCCCUCAGUUCUGCAUGACCUGCGAAAAGCAAUUUGUACCUCAAGAUGACAGGUUCCUGUACUGCUCAGAAUCAUGCCGCAAGCAUGAUCAGCAAACUGCAUCAACUGGCAGGACUAUGAGCCAACCGCACAUGGGCAACUACCCUUUCUACGCCGCAUGCAACCCCGAGCCCAGAGACAUUGUUCCUCGUGCGUCCCCCUCAAGGCCGAACUCGAUGCACUUCUCGCCGCCCACGACACCAGGUGCCACCUCCGGCGCGCAAUACUCGUCCGCCAUCUCCGCGUUGAGGUCACUCAGCAUCCGACCCCCAAGCCCGCCGUCCCCCACAUCGUCGCACGCCAGCAUCUGGCCAUUUACCAAGAGCAGCACCAACAGCCCCAGUACUUCGUACAACCGCGGCAGCAACAGCUUUUUCCCGGCCACAUACGACGGAGGCUACGCAGCGAAUGGCUACGCCUACAACUACAGCUCCAGCGGUAUGGACCGGCCGCUACCGACACGGAGACCCACUGGGCCCGGCUACUCAAGGCCGAAAAGCAUCGAGUUGGUGACGCCCAUGGUCGGUCGCUAACACCGUCAGACGGGGACCGUGUCGGGAGGCUGCAUCACCAUUCAACUGGUUCAGUCAACCAUUACACAACCGCACGGGGAGGAUUGACACCUCGUCACCCCACGGGAAUGACGGUGUGCGUGCGCUCAGCGGGUUCGAUGGGUCUUCCCUCUCGUACUCGCCUGUAUAACCCCAGCCCCAGAGCGCGGGGUUAGCGUCGAUUUCGAACACCGGAAAACGCGGGGGCAACCACGGAGGGAGGUAAUGAGCCGACAAGGGGAUAUGAUCCAUCUCAAGCUCUCUCUCAGAGUGGCUUUCCGGGUGUCACCUUUCCGACUCAUCCGCACACCUCAUUCACCAGCCUUCACCUCCUCUACUGCCCCCCGCAAAUCAACCCCACGAAAAAUGAAGCAUGGCAUCUCGGCAGAGAGACUAGCAUUGCGACUUGUGGGGGCUUCAUUUGCGCACUUACGAUUGUUUUUUGGCACUGCGAAACGCCAUGGCUUCGGUCAUGUGAGGGAGGGGGAAUUCGGGCAGGAUCACAAAAAAGUUGGGGGUUGCAUUGACAUGGGGCAUGGGCAUUAAUGGGCAUUUGGUAAAGCGAUUUGGGGAUGGUUAAUCCUGUCUUGGUUUUGCAGCGAAACCCGUUUGGUUCACCACGCCUUACCCAACGAAAGCACACGGAGGUUUCUACGAGAUACUCCGUGUUGCGGGUUUGGCAGGUAAUUCCUGACGGGGGUUUACUGCUGUUUUUUUUCAUCAUCACUUGUUGUUACGACUCUAUGUUGGGGCAGCAUUAUCAUCUCACAUGACGGGUUCUUCAAGGCCAUCUGAGCAUACAUAGAAGGACAAAGCAUCUACGGAAACCGGGAAUAGCUAGCAUCAAGGGCAUCACGGAUCUAGUAUUCGGGCGCGUACUUCACAUACUGUUUUUUCAACCCAGAGGAGGUACAUGGCGGAUACAGUACUCCCCCUCCUCCCAAUGGGAACACUAUUAUAUUCUUUCUGAAAAUACCACCUAGCAUCAAUGUGUAGCCAGCG